AGGACAACAAUAAAAUACAGCAGAUCAAAGAAAAGUUACGGAAGAAUGAAAUAAAAUUAGAGAUGAUCAAAGAAAAAAUACAGGAAGAGGAAGAAAGAAGGCUGAAGAGUGCGGAAAAAAUACCGAAGAUUGAAGAAGAAAUGCAGAUCAAAGAAAAAAUUAGAAAGAACAAAGAAAAAAUACAGAAGCUCAACAGAAAAAUACAGGAGCUUGACGAAAAAAUACGGAAGAAUACAGAGAAUGAAAUAAAAAUACAAGAGAUGAAAGAAAAAAUAAAGGCAGCCAAAGGAAAAAUAAAGAACAAAGAAAAUAGCAAAAUAUCAAAGAACGAAACCAAAAUACUGGAGAGUGAAGUAAAAACAGGGAACGAAAUGGAAAUUCGUAAGAAUGAAAUAAAAAUACAGGAGAUCAAAGAAAAAAUACGGAAGAACAAAUUAAAAAUACAGGAAAGUAAAGAGAAAAUACCGAAGAGUGAGGAAAUAACAGAGAACAAAAUAAAAAUACGUAGGAAAGCAGAAAAAAUACAGGAGAUCGAGGGAAAAAUGCGGAAGAUCAAAGACGAAAUGCGGAAGAUUGAAGAAAAAAUACAGAAGAACAAAAUAAGAAUACAGGUCAGAGUCUACUCAUCCCUGUUUGGAGAUAAGCAGAAGACCACAGAAAUACCUUCCAAGGAAGCUGUGGACAAAGAGGAGACAAUAUUGCAACUACAACCCUGUGAGUAUAGAGCAAAAAGGGGAGCUUCAUGCCUCUCAUGCACAACUCUUCAGCCCAGCUGACCUU